AUGAGCAGAUUUCGUGGCAGCUGCUACCUUAAUGAUCUCCUCAUGGCCUUUGUGUUGUUCUUCUUGCUCUCUCUCCUCGGGACGACGUCGUCGGAGCUGGCUGCAGGCCUAGGGGAUAUCAUGGACGACCCAGCUGCAUCGGUGUCGUCGGAACUGAUGGACGGCCGAGAAGAGUGGGUGGAGAUGGCAGGCUAUGGAGAGGAGAAGCUUUCCACCGUCUUGGUCACUGGUUCACUUCUCUGUCAGCGUCGCUUUCAUCUUCAUCGUCGUCAUCAUCAACCUCAUCACCUUCAUCAUCAUCUUCCACAGCCCCUUUCAGGUGUAUUGGUGGGUGUAACAUGCAAUAACAAGGGAGAAAAUGAGGAAUCAACUUUAGCACAAGGAGUCACUGAUGAAUAUGGACACUUCAUCAUUGAUCUCCCCUCCCAAUAUCAUGGGGUUCCAGAUCUAGACAAAACGUGCUCAAUUAAGGUUCUUAAGCUGCCAAAGAACUUAUUUUGUCGACCAAUGGCUGUAAGGAGGAGUAACAAACUAAAGUUAUCAUCAAUUUGGAAUGGUAUUCGAACUUACACUACCGGAGAGAUUAUGUUCCAACAUUCAACAUCAAAGAAUUCACAAGCAUGGACCAAGAAACGGAGCAACCAACAAAAGCGUACAACAUUGAAGGCUUCACAAGCAUAGAUGAAGAAAAUGAACAAUGGAGAAGAGAUACUCUUAGAGGUGGCAAAUGGGCGGAUUGGACAAGUUACAAGUGAGUCAACUACAGGUCAAAUAUAAACAGUUGUGACCCAUAAUUGACUAUUUAGUGUGAGUUCAAAUAGGUAAGGUUACACAAUACAAUAUCAUCAUGGAAACCUAGUAGGUAGCCAUUUAGGAGAAAAUUGAUAUAUGAAAUUACAACUCACUUAGGUGGCGCUUUAGUCACAACAUUGAGUUGUAAUUGUUCCAACCCCUCUAUUAGUCUUUCAAAGAAGAAGGGGUUGUAAAAAGUACAUAUAGACUUGAGUAGUGGAGGUAGAAUUGUAUGUAAAUACUUAUAAGAUUUGGUUAUAGAGUAAGAUUUGAGUG